GUGAGGUUAUAAAUUUCAACAAAUGGUGAAAGUAUUCCCCAUCACUUUUAUAAUAAUUUUUUUCAUUGAUAUUUCCAGCGUGGCAAGUAAAUGAAAUUAUUGCAUUGGACCAUACGUCAAUUGACCAAAUCGAAAUUUGUCAACAAACCGUUAAUUCAAAGCAACGCACCCGGUGUAUUUCACUUUUCGACUAGCAGUUUUCGGCCCCAAAAGUACGAUCAGAAGAAGGAUUGGGGUAAAAACAAGCAGCACAGAAAGAUCAAGUUGAAUCUGUAUUUUGAUACGAUGGCUGAUCCACAGAACGAACAGAUUUUAGCACCUCUUCGGGCUAGUGUUAAAGAGCAAGGUGACUUAGUUCGUAAACUAAAGUCUGAAGGUGCACCAGACUUAGAUGUUAAAAAGGCAGUGGCAGAACUUAAAGCUCGCAAAAAAAUCCUAGAAGACAAAGAAUUAUCCCUGGCACCAACCUCCACUUUUGACAGAUCCAAAAUGGAAGAUCUGCUUAAAAGGCGAUUUUUCUUUGAUCAAUCUUUUGCCAUAUAUGGUGGAAUUACUGGCCAAUUUGAUUUCGGACCCAUGGGGUGUGCUUUUAAAGCAAAUUUACUUCAGGCCUGGAGGCAAUUUUUUGUUUUGGAAGAGCAAAUGUUGGAGGUGGACUGUUCGAUUUUAACUCCUGAACCAGUUUUAAAGGCAUCAGGUCAUGUGGAUAGAUUUGCUGACCUUAUGGUUAAGGAUGUGAAAAGUGGAGAAUGUUUUAGGUUGGAUCACCUAAUUAAAGCUCAUUUAGAGAAAAUUGCUGCUGAUAAAAAAACUAGUGCAGAAGUGAGGGAGGAAUGUAAAGAAAUUGUUAUUAAAUUGGAUGGAAUGAAUAAAGAUGAAAUGGCAGAAGUCAUGAAAAAGUUUAAUAUGAAGAGCCCUUUGACUGGAAAUGAGCUCACCGAACCUAUAGAGUUUAAUCUUAUGUUUGGAACUUCUAUUGGACCCUCUGGAUUAGUUAAAGGAUUUUUGCGUCCUGAAACUGCUCAAGGAAUCUUUGUAAACUUCAAAAGGCUAUUGGAAUUCAACCAGGGAAAAUUACCAUUUGCAGCCGCCCAAAUAGGAAAUGCUUUUAGAAAUGAAAUCUCACCCAGAUCUGGAUUGAUUAGAGUCAGGGAAUUUACUAUGGCGGAAAUCGAACAUUUUUGUGAUCCCACUGAUAAAAGCCAUCCCAAGUUUGAUAGAGUAAAAGAUGUUGAACUUCUCCUGUAUUCAGCUUGCAAUCAAAUGGAUGGCAAGGCUGCAGAGAUAAGAACCAUAGGUGAAGCUGUAGGAACUGGCUUAGUGGCAAAUGAGACUCUUGGCUAUUUUAUGGCAAGAAUCCAGCAAUUUAUGGUGAAAUGUGGAGUGGAUCCCAAGAGGUUGAGGUUUAGGCAACAUAUGGGCAAUGAAAUGGCUCACUAUGCCUGUGAUUGUUGGGAUGCAGAGUGCUUGACAAGUUAUGGUUGGAUCGAAUGUGUAGGUUGCGCAGACCGUUCAGCAUAUGAUUUAACGCAACACACCCAAGCUACGGGAGUACGAUUGGCUGCUGAAAAAAAAUUAGAUCAACCGAGAACUGUUGACGUAGUCGAGGCUGCUCCUAAUAAGGGAACUUUAGGCAAGGCAUUUAAAAAAGAUGCUAAAAUCAUUACUGAUGCUUUGGCCAAUUUAAGUUUGAGUGACAUUGAGGUAUUGGAGAAGGGCUUGGAAGGCAGUGGUAGUUACGAGUUGAGCGUUGGGGAGCAAAAGUUCACCCUAACAAAAGACCAUAUUAGUGUCAAACGUUACCAGAAAACCGAGCAUGUGGAAGAAAUUAUUCCAAGUGUCAUUGAACCAUCAUUUGGGGUCGGAAGAGUAAUGUAUGCGAUAUUCGAACAUAACUUUAAACAGCGAGAAAACGACGAGCAGAGAACUUAUUUAUCACUUCCGGCCAUUGUUGCUCCAUUGAAGUGCAGUGUUUUACCUCUUAGUGCUAAUGCAGAGUUUAUACCUUUUAUCAAACAAUUAUCCAACGAUUUAACGAAAGUGGAUGUUUCACACAAAGUAGACGAUAGUUCCGGUUCAAUCGGGCGAAGAUAUGCGCGUACAGACGAAAUCGCUAUUCCCUAUGGAAUCACUAUUGACUUCGAUACAUUGAAGGAGCCACACAGUGUUUCUUUAAGAGAGAGGGACUCUAUGACCCAAGUUAGAAUACCAUUGAGUGAUAUAGCAACGGUAGUUCAUAAUUUGGCUUAUAGUAAACAGUCCUGGAACGACAUUGAAAGUAAAUAUCCAAAAUUUGAGCAGCAGGAGACCAAAAACUAAAAGUUUUUUAAUAAUAUUUAAGGAUUAAAAAGUGCAUUUUUUUUAUAAUAUUGUUUAUAGCUUUGUAUUGGUCUUUUGAAGUUUUAUUUAAUAAAUUAUUGAUUUUUAAAAUUCAAA